AUGUCAGACUUAAAAUUUGGGGUUCUUCACAAGCGAGCUGUAAGUGAAAAAAGUUGUAAUGCUUAUUUUGUCUAAUUUUUCUUAUUUGGACUUAUAAAAAAAAUGUGAUACACAUAAUUAUGCACAGGUAAAAUAUCACUUGCAGAUCCUUCCUUCACAAAAAUUUGCAAAACAAAUUCCAAACAACAGAGUGAUGUAAUAAAAGGGACAGUGACUUUAUAUGUCUUUCAUUGCCAGCCCUUUAAUACAUAAAGAUGUAAUCAAAAUUAUUAAAUCCCCAUUGAAAAUCAGGUUUAUUGUCAAAAUUGUACAGAUUUGCAGCUGUUUGCAAUGAACAAAUCAAACGAAUGCUGUAGCUCAACACAACGUAUGCUUCAAGUGGUUUCCCCAAAUUCAACUGAAAAUGAAACUUACAAUGGCUUCUCCUGUCUCAAAAUUAUUCAACCCCAUGAAUAGAAGCCCUCAAAACAGCACAAAUAUGCAAAACAAGUGUUGUCUCAAGCACGCUUGAUGCAACUAAUCAAGGGCUUCAUUACUUGCACCAGGUGUGCUUGAUCUGGAAACACUUAAAAUACCUGAACUGGCUUAAGGUUUGUUGAGUGUCAAGUUUGACUGCAUGUUAGAAAUGUCAAAAGAAUGGUCCACAAAGUUAAGAGAAGAGAUCAUCACCCUUCAUAAACAAGAAAAAGGAUAGAAAUAGAUAGCAAAGGCAAUGAAUGUUCCUAAAGACAUCGUUGGAAGCUGGAAGUUGGAAGUUGAAGGAACAGUGGUUACACUACUUGAACAUGGCAGAAAAAGGAAGUUAUCAAUGGCUGCAACCAGAUUUCUGAGAAGGCAGGUUGUGAAAAACUUUGAGUAACUUCAAAAUACCUGCAGCAAUACUAAAUGCAGAAUGUUUCUAUGCCAGAACUCCAUGACCUACACUACUACUGACCCAAAAACACACAAAAAAGUCAGCUUCAAUAUGCUCAAAAUUAUAUAAAUAAGCCACAUAAGUAAUGGAAUUCUGUUCUGUGGAGUGAUGAAACAUAACUGGAACUUUUCAGCCCAAUGGACCAGUGGUAUGGAAUAAUAAUGAAGGAUAUGCUAAAAAGAACACUCUGCCUAUAGUUAAGCAUUGUGGUGGCUCAGUGAUGCUCAGGGGCUACUAUGCAUCCUCUGGCACUGGAAACCUGCAGCGUGUGGAAUGCAAGAUGGAUUCAUUGAAGUACCAGGAAAUUCUAAGAGAAAAUGUCAUGCCGUCUGUGAGGAAGCUGGAGCUUGGACGUCAUUGGACCUUCUAACAAGGCAAUGAUCCCAAGCAUAAGUAAAAUUCCACCAAGACUUGGUUGCAGAAGUAGUCCUGGAAAAUGAUACAGUAGCCAUCACAGUCACCUGACUUGAACCCCAUAGAAAAUCUCUGGUGGGAUUUGAAGAAGGUGGUUGCAGCAUGCAAUCCUAAGAAUAUUACUGAACUGGAGGUCAUUGCUCAUGAGCAAUAGGCUAAGAUUCCUCAGGAACACUGCCAGAAGCUGGCUAUGCAUCUCGUUUGCAGAAAGCCAUUACAGCAAAAGGGUGCUCUGCUAAGUACUGAAGAUGCUUGCUAUGAAGAGGCUGAAUAAUUUUGAGACUGGAGAAGUCCAUCUAAGUUGCAUUUUCAGUUGAAUUUGGGGAAACCACUUGAAGCAUUCGUUGUGCUGAGCUAUUUCAAUUACUUAUGUUUGGUUUGUUCUUUGCAAAGAGUUGAAAGUCUGUAAAUUUUGACAAUAAACCUGAUUUUCAGAUUGGAGGUUGAAUGAUUUUGAUUGCAACUGGAGAUUCACUACUGGAGGCAGGGUUUGGAAGUUAAACUGAACCAAGUGGCUUUUAACUUUCCAUAACUAAUUCAGAUUUUGGCUUCUUUGCUCUAGGAAUUGCAGCUCUGUGUACUAUUGCAGUCAUUGCUGUGGAUCGAGUUGUUGUUGUAUGUAAGCCGAUGGGAACUCUGACAUUCACAGCCAAGCAAGCUCUAUCUGGAAUUGCCCUCUCUUGGACAUGGUCACUUAUCUGGAACACACCUCCACUAUUUGGCUGGGGGAGCUAUCAACUAGAAGGGGUUGAAACAUCGUGUGCUCCUGACUGGUAUAAUCCUGACCCAGUAAAUAUGUCCUACAUUAUUUGUUUCUUCUGUUUCUGCUUUGCAGUUCCAUUCAUUACAAUCGUAGUUUCAUAUGGAUACCUAAUGUGGACAUUACGACAGGUAAAAAAGUACAUUGCGCCCUCAUUUGUUCUUAGCCGUUAUUUCAUCUAAAUUUUUUUUUUUUUAAAGAUCUACUGUCCUAUCACUUGUGGUGAACCAUUGCUAGUAGAUGAGUUGAUGACUCACAGAAUUUGUAGAUCAUAGAAGUAUAUUUUACAGGUCGGUAAGUGCUGUCCUUCCAUUCUAGGUGGCCAAACUAGGAGUUGCAGAAGGUGGAACCACAAGUAAAGCCGAAGCCCAAGUAUCAAAAAUGGUUUUGGUGAUGAUAAUGGCUUUCCUGGUAUGCUGGCUUCCUUACGCAGCCUUUGCUAUGACAGUUGUGAUAAAUCCUGGUGUUUAUAUUGAUCCCAUUAUCGCAACAAUUCCUAUGUACCUCACAAAAACCAGCACCGUCUACAACCCUAUCAUCUAUAUUUUCAUGAACAAACAGGUAUGUUUCUUUGUUCAAUUCACUAGUUGAGGUAGUGAAAUUUCUACAGGAUCUUAUUAGUCAUAGUCAUUGAGACAUCUCUUUGUAGCUUUAAGACAUUUAGCAGAUGACCACUUAUAAUACAGGAUGUCUGAGUGUAUGUGGAUUGCGGAAAGCUAGGCUGUGGUACCUUGGCUAGUUCCUGAUCCAAUAUUGUUGUCACAUGGUACCCCAAUUUCUAUUGAUCCCAGCUUUGUGUCUAUUUUUUCACUGAAUGAGUCUUUAAUGCUGAAAACUCUAUAUAAAAUCUACAUAUGUAACAAAUCUGUGUGAACUCUUAAUGUUCUUUAUUCUGUCUUUGCAGUUCCAGGAAUGUGUCAUUCCUUUCCUCUUCUGUGGCAGAAAUCCAUGGGCUGUUGACAAGUCAGUGUCUUCGGCUGAAACUAGUGUCACUACAACAAGUAGUUCAUCUACUAAACGCAGCAAAGUUGUUCCUGCAUGA